UCUACUUUGUGUUGCAUUCAAUCUCACACAACAUGUCUGGCAAGAAGAAGGGCCUGUCCGUCGAGGAGAAGCGCAAGCGGCUCUUGCAAAUGUUCUACGAGAAGCAAGACUUUUUCAAUCUCAAGGAAGUGGAAAAGUACGGCUCCAAGGAGAAGGGCAUUACUGCAAUGACCGUCAAGGACAUUCUACAGUCGCUGGUGGACGACUCGAUGGUCGACACGGAGCGCAUUGGCACCUCCAACUAUUACUGGGCCUUCCCGAGCAAAGGUUUGCAGAUUCGCAAACGCAAAAUUGGCGAAAUGUCCGAAGAGCUCGCCCGCACCAAGGCUCGCCGCGAGGAGUUGACCGCUGCCGCAGCAGAUGCUGGCACUGGCCGUGAAGAGACAGAGGAGCGAGCCACAGCCAUCGCAGAGAUGGAAGAGCAAGAGUCCAUUCUUGCCAAAGUCGAGGCAGAGCUUGCGCAAUAUCGCGCGUCGGAUCCCGAGGUGAUUGCCGCCAGAAUUCAAGAGACGCAAGUCUGCCUGGAUGCGGCCAAUCGGUGGACUGACAACAUGUUUUCGAUGAAAUCCGUCUUUCGAAAUAACUUCAACUUGGAGGAAGCCGACUUCAACAAGGCGUUUGGUGUCCCUGCUGAACUCGAUUACGUUGAGCUCAAGUAGUUGCAAAUGAAGAAACAAUGGAGGAGAGGCGAAAAAACCGAAAAACCGAAAACAAAAAAAACGGCACAUGCAAAUUUGUUCAUAACACUUGUUGUUGUUCUUGUCAAAAUACAAUGAACGCAUCACAACUAC